UGAACAUCAAUCAACAAGUACGAACGGCUAAAAUGCACCUGGUCCUGAUUUUAACAACAGCCGCAAUCAUACAAGCUGCAGUUAUCAAGGAAGAUGAGGUUAAGCCUUGUGACGGAGUCAUUAUCGAUGAUGUAUACCAUGAAAUCGAAGAACUUAAGAAAGAUAUCGAUCGACCGUAUUCACUUGCUGUAGAUUACAGCACGAACAGGGUUUACUUCAGCUACAGUCUGAACAAAGACGACGAUGUAUUCAAAACAGCGUAUGUAAAUUUAAAUACGAAAGAAUUUGCGAAUAUAGAAGGUGUUAACAAUGGCUUCGCUCAAACAAUCGAUCAUAAGACCCACGAAGUUUACAUCGGUGGAAGUGAUGGCAUAUAUAAAUAUAAUCAAAAAACGAAAUCAGCUGAAUUCUUUGGUGAAAAAGAAGCAAAUAUUUGGAACAUUUUCUUCAAAGAUGUACUCUAUUUUUCGAUAUUUCCCUCACAAUUCUUAUUUACAUACAUUAACGGUCAAUCGGUUAGGUACAGAGAUUUAGAAGAUACAAAGGUUGAUCAAUUUAUAAUUGACAAUGAAGAUAUAAUGUUUUUUACAAAUGCAACAGGAUUAUUUAGUCAAGUUAAGGGAACGAAACAAGCGACUCUGUACCAGGAAUAUCCAAAUGAAGGUGUAAGAGGACUCGCGAGUGACGUCAACGGAAAUAUAUAUUUGUGUCUUCGAGAUGGCAUUUAUAAAGUAGACAAAUCCGAUGUUUCCUUGAGGAAAAUUGUAGAAAUUGAUGACGUUUUCGGUUUGGCAUUUGAUAAUGACAAUAAUAUAGUUUACUCGGAUGCCACUAAAUUGAUUCGACUCAAACCUAAUAAGGAUAAGACUUGUUAAACUUAAGUACGUAAAUACUUCUCAGUAUAAACAAUGUUAGUUAACGAAAAUUCUCUGUAAGUUUUAAACACGUUCCGUUUCAUUUGUAGAACGAAAUUAAUAUAAAAAAUACUACACUAAAAAUAAAAUACUAAUGUUUAUUAAAUAUGAAAAAUAUAUAUAGAAUUUUAA